AUGGCGAAACAACAAGAACUAACAGCCUUGAAUGCUCCCUACACCAACACGCCGAUCAUCAUGGAGCAUGAUCAAGAAGGCAAAGACAUCUCCGGCAACACCUACUACGACGAAGAUGCAGCUUCCACCGGCUGUUUUCGACUCUUUUGCUGCUUCGACAGCCAACACCACCGCCACGACGGAGACACGGCGGGAUUCCUGUACCAACCUACCGGAGAUCUAAUCGACCAAGACAACUGGUUCAUGAAAAGAGCUAAGAGCGUGAAGGAAUAUUCCGAGCUAGUUGCCGGACCUAAGUGGAAAAACUUCAUCAGAAGGUUUAGUAAGAGGCCGAAGACGAGAUCCAACGCGAAUACGCCAUUUCAGUAUGAUCCUCAAAGCUAUGCUCUUAAUUUCAACGACGGAUACGGUGGUGAUCAUGAAGAUGAUGAUUUGUUGCCUCGAAGUUUCUCUACACGAUUCGCUCCUCCUUCAAGAUCUACACAAAUCUAA